AUGGACGAAGAUAUCAUUGUCGUCGACGACGGCGAGGCUCUACCACCUCAAGCCGGACCGUCCAAGGUCAAUGGAUUUAGUGGUACAUCGGAGACAUCCGCAAAACCUUCACCGACUGGUACUGGUGAAAGACAUUCGUCGCGCCUUAGAACAACAAGUGCUGCUGCCCGGGCUGCAAUGGAUGCAGCUAAUGAGCGGACAACACGUUCUACAAGCGUGAAGAACAAGCCUCCGCCUAAACUAAAGCUUAAGCUGAGUGAGAAAGCGGCAGCACAGGCUCCAGGAAUGUCAUUUCUGGGCCAGUACGACCGGGAGCUAGACUCAGAUGACGAAGAACUCGCAUUCGAAGAACAGUUUAUUUUGCGUAUGCCACCGGGAGAGGAUUGUGAGAAAUUUAGGAAGAUGGUUGCUGCUCGGGAGAUACCUAAUGAUGUCUGGUUCAAGUUCAAAGACUCUCGUCGUGGUGUGUUUCGCAUCGGUAAUUCGACAUACGCUUCGAAACUCGUGGAUCUGCCUUGUAUUAUCGAGUCCCAGAAAACAUUGGAUAAUAAACAAAUGUUCAAAGUUGCCGACAUAUGUCAAAUGCUUGUUGUUGAAAAUCGGGUGGAGAAUGAGGACGCCGCCACGAAUCAGAGGAGUUUCAACAUUGAAGAGUUCAUUUGGCCGCAUGGUAUCACCCCACCAUUGCAUCAUGUCCGGAAACGAAGAUUUCGAAAAAGGAUCAAUAGAAGGACCAUUGAGAGCGUCGAGCAAGCCGUCGAAAGGCUUCUUGAAGAAGACUCGCUGGCAACAGAAGUCAAAUAUGAGGUACUUGAGAAUGUCAAUCCUGACUUGUCGGACUCAGAAUUCAUUGAACGAGAAGAAGCGAUUGAUGCUGCGACUCCCGCUAUAUCUGACCUUGGUGACGCCGCUACACCCGGAGGAGAUAUCGGAGAAUAUGAGGGCGAAGGCGAUGAGGAGGAAGAGGAAGAACCUGACGGAGACAUCGAUGAGGAGUUGGCAGCAGAACUCGAUUUGGCCCUUGGCGAUGAAGAUCAAGGUGAUGGUGAUGAAGACGAUGAGGAUGAGGACGACGAAAGCGAGGAGGAUGAAGACGAUGAAGACGAUGAAGAAGCUCAAGCAAGGAAAUUAUUGAAUGAGGAAAUUCGGGACUUAGAAGCUGCAGUGGCGAAGAAGGGUAACGAGAUUGCAAGCUCUUCCAACCCGCUCAUUAGGAAACGGUUCGAAGACGCGCUGAAGAAAUUAACGUAUGACCUGGAAACAAAGAUUGUUCAGCGAGACGAACUACAGGAGAUGCAACGGUUGAAGAAGGAAGGUAUCACUCUUGAUAGCAACCGUGAGUCUGACUCCGAAGGUGACGGAAAUGACGACGAUGAUAUGGGUCGAGGCGGAGAUGGUCCGAUGGAAAUUGACUGA